AUGGAUUGCAAGGUACUGGUAUUAGGGGCUGGAGGUCUAGGGUGUGAAAUCCUAAAGAAUUUAACCAUGAUGCGAGUAAAGGAAGUUCAUAUUGUAGAUAUGGAUACUAUUGAAUUAACCAAUUUAAACAGACAAUUCCUGUUCCGAGACGAAGAUAUCAAUUCUCCCAAAGCAACCACCGCUGCUCAAUACAUUAAUGACAGACCCUCUCUAAGUAGCCGAACUAAAGUUAUACCAUACGUGCAGGAUCUUACCAAUUUCCCCACAGAAUUUUUCCAACAAUUCCAAUUCAUAAUAUCUGGUUUAGAUGCCAUUGAGCCACGUCGAUUUGUAAAUAAAGUUUUACUGCAAUUAACCAAGGAAUCCAACUAUGAUAUAUGUAUACCGUUUAUUGAUGGUGGUACGGAGGGACUCAAGGGUCAUGUCAAGACCAUUAUACCUGGUUUCACGGCAUGUUGGGAAUGUUCUCUGAAUACAUUACCAACCCAACAAAACACAUACCCUAUGUGUACUGUUGCUAACAACCCAAGAACAUUGGAACAUAUUAUAGAAUAUGUCAUUAGUGUACAAACUUCCGCAGAUAUGGAUUUAGAAGAUGAGGGGCAAGUAGACACUUUAUUUCAAUUGUGUAAGGAGAGGGCUAAUCAAUUUAAUAUUGAUACAAAGAAAUUGAAUGUUAGUUACAUGCUGGGAAUCAUUAAAAAGAUAGUUCCUAGUGUGAGUUGCACGAACGCCAUGAUCGCGGCAUCGUGUUGCAAUCAAAUGAUGAAAAUAUAUUAUGAUUUGAUGGAUUUCGAAAAAGAUGGGAACUUCACAAUGAUUAAUGGGGCAGAUGGCUGCUUCACAUAUACCUUUGCGUAUGAUAGAGAUCCGCAUUGUGCUGUAUGUAGUGGUAUAUAA